CCCAUGUCUAUAGAUCUUUCCAAAUCUCGCAUGGGAUCUGGUCCCGCGCAACGUGCGGGCCAUGUGCCCGUCCGGCCAGUCCUCCGCCGCUCGCCGCGCCGCCAUGCCGCGUGCUACGCUCAUGCUGCUCCUGUGCGCUCUUGCGCGCGCCACUAUCAUCGCCGAUCAGCCCACCCUCUCUGAGCGCCUCCAAAAACUUUACGAGAAACUCGACAAUUUCUCGCUGAAAACAACCGAACCGUCUCUUGACCGUAUAGGAAAGCUGUAUGAGAAUCCAGUAAAACCCUCCCCGAGCACUCAACGGAUCGAUAAGUUGUACGAGAAGCUGGACCGCCUGAAUUCUUUGACGCCGGACGAAAGUAAUCAGAAGUAUCUGUCGGAUGACGAUGAGGAGCUGUUGGAUGCUUUGCAGGAGUGGGGGAUGCUGGACGACGACGUCGGCGCAGAGGCGAGAUACCUGCAACGGCUCAAGUCGGACGACGGAGACUAUGACGAUGAGGAUAUAGACAUCGAAGAUGACUACGCCAUGGACGACAGUGAAGACCUGGAUCCAGAUGAGCGGGAGGGCACCACCGCUAAGACCGUGAGGUUCCCAACCCCGUCGGCUCUGAACCGCCUGGAAAGGCUUGGGACUGCCUUUUCAGCCUUGUCUGUAGUAAGCGACACCAGGUCUUUGGCCGGAGAUAGUCCUCAGAUCGUCGAGUUGGAAAAUGUGGUGUCGGCGGUGGACAGCAUAGCCGCUACUAAGGAGAGACCCAGGAUUUUAGACGAUACAUCGCUGACGAAACAAGAGCAAGCGGGUGUAGCGCGAGCAGCACGCGCGUAUUUGUCGGCAAUGGUGCCGCGCGGCAAGUGCAUCACGCCGCAGCCUCGGUGGUUGUCCGUGCGGCACAUGGCCCCCGCAUCUGACACCCUGUACGUAUGACAAGAGCAAGCGGGUGUAGCGCGAGCUGCACGCGCGUACUUGUCGGCAAUGGUGCCGCGCGGCAAGUGCAUCACGCCGCAGCCUCGGUGGUUGUCCGUGCGGCACAUGGCCCCCGCAUCUGACACCCUAUACCGGCCAACUUGCGUGCUGCUCCACCGCUGCGCCGCCGACACGGGCUGCUGCCACAACGAGGAGCAGGUCUGCGCGCCCGUGGAGGGCCAGUACGUCAUUAUCCCCCUCUACUUAAGAAAACCAAGUGGGCUCAUGGUAGCGCGCAUGCAGUUCUUCAACCACACCCGCUGCGCCUGCGUUUCUCAAGAGACAUUGCAGACUGUCCCACGGGCAUCUCGUCGGCACUUUCAAGAGAACCACAGCCAGGGCCAGGAGAACCAUAAUCUUAAUCAGGAGAAUACCAUCCAGGACAGGCAAGACAAGCGCCAGGUCGGACCGCUAGAAGCGAGAGAAAGACGGGGAGAGGUGGAAAGCACGAGUGCGAGCGCGAGCCAGAGUGAUUGGCCCACGCAAGAGCCGAAGCAGGAAAGCGAGACCGCUGCGCCACCACAGCUAAAAAGAUGCACCUGCCCGACAUUGUUCCUGGCACGCGCGUCCGACGCGGGCUGCGUGUGCGUGUGCGACUGGAAGGACUUGCAGCGCCGGCGCGACUGCAUUUCACUCUCCCGCGGACGCGAGCACUUUGGUUUGCGAGACCGAGUCUGCGUGGGCACUGGCGAUUGCAACUCGCCCACUUGCGAAUACGGCGCGUAUGAGAGGAACUUUGGAAGGUGCCCCCUUAAGAGGUUUAGGAGGGGCAGGUUUAAGCCCGGGAAGUACUUAGACAGAACGUUGACGGGAAGUUAGAUAUUAUUCACAUAUUAUUAUUGAGUUUUUUCAAGUGUCCGUCUAAUACCAGUAAAUAAGGAUUAAAAUGUUGUAUUAAAACCAAACAUUUUUAUAAAUCAUGGCU